AUUAUAGCUUUGAUUUAGUAGACAACAUAGCUUGUGACUGUGCUUGUGCCGGUGCCGGCUCAUUUCCAAACCAAGUCCAAGUCCCAGUCCCAAAACUCCAACUAUACUGCUGUGCUGUGUGAUGAACUUUGGCCUGGGCAAUGAAGUCGCACCCUGAUGGUUAUUUAGUACCCUGCUCCUACUGCAUCGGUCUGCUGGACCUGAUAUCCGCCCUGCUCUUUGCCGUCAUCUCGGCCAUUGUGUUCUCAAAGCAUGGAAACUGGACAGCCAUGGUGGCACUGCUCUUUACCAUAUUCUGGAUUUUCAUAAUCAUCGUGUUACUUGUGGGAGUCUACAAGCGAAAACUGAGAUUGGUUCGCUUUUGGUUGGUGUUCACCUGUCUGGGAAUUAUCCUAGAUGGGGUAAUACUGCUAUAUGGCUUGACUUUGGCCAUAUCGGUGAACUGGGAUGGUGUUAAGAUCACUGUGCUGCCUUUUGUGGGAUUAGCUGUGGAGAUGACUUUCGUUUAUAUUGUUUAUCUUUUUUACCUGGAUAUGAUUGGCUUGAGUCCUCCGGCACCUCAGCACGAAGAACAUCCUCGCUUAGCGGCAGGCUGCGAGGUGGAGUUUGAAGAUGAGGUGGAUAAGCCCAUGGAUCGGAAGGAGCUGAAACGUCUGGAGAAACAGGCCAAGGAACGCAUGAAACGAGAUAAGGCGGUUCUCAAAGAGCUCCAAAAACAAAUGCGCAAGGGAGUGGAUUAAAUGUUAUUUUAAUACAUAUUCUUAAUUAAAUUGAAAUAUAUUUUUUGCCAUAAGAAGCAUCGUACUGUUUCCGGCUAAGUG